GUCCAGGUCCCAGCGAGCUGAGAAAAAAAAAAAAAAAAAAAAACCCGACCGAUCAGGCGAAUAACGGUACACACCGAAUAUUUAUGGAGCCAAUCCCCGCGUAAUCCCGCACCGCACCCGCGUGUCCACUCGAGAUGCGCGCGUGAACAAAUGCGUUCGGAAACGGACGCGCGGAUCGGCUUCUCGGGGCAGACGAAAAACAAGCGGCCCACCAUUGUCUGCGUAGAAAUAAGAAUGGCCUGGAUGUGCAAGAGGAAGUCCUUGAUCGCCACCAGUCUGAUCGUGGCGGUGUCGCUCUUCGUGGUCGUGGUGAACUACUCGGAGAAGCCCUACUUCCUGCUUCGGCCCGUGUUCGGUCAGACGCUCAGCAGCCACUGGAAGGCCUUCAAACCUCACCUGGGCUAUGUGAGCAUCCCCAAACAGGAGCCCCUGAAGCUGCACUGCGAGCUCUGCAGCAUCGUGUCCAGCUCCGGCCAGAUGUUGGGUCAGGCCGCCGGCGCGCAGAUCGACCGCUCCCCCUGCAUCUGGCGCAUGAACAACGGGCCCACGCGGGGCUUCGAGCGCGACGUGGGCCAGCGGACCACGCUGAGGGUCGUCUCGCACACCAGCGUCCCCCUGCUGCUGCAGAAGCCCCAGCACUUCUUCGGCCGGGGCAACGACACCAUCUACGUGGUGUGGGGCCCGCUGCGGAACAUGAGGAAGGACGGCAAGGGCAUCGUGUACAACAUGCUGCGGCAGGCGGCGGAGAACUACCCCCACGCGCGCAUUUACGUCACCACGGACGAACGGAUGGACUACUGCGACAUGGUCUUCAAGAAGGAGACGGGUAAAGACAGGAUCCAGUCCGGCUCCUACCUCAGCACCGGCUGGUUUACGCUCAUCCUCGCUAUGGACAUGUGCAAAGAGAUCCAUAUCUACGGCAUGAUAAAUGACACCUUCUGCAAAACGGAGGGCUACCGAAAGGUCCCCUAUCACUACUACGAGGCGGGCAGCCGCGACGAGUGUGCGGAGUAUCUGCUCCACGAGAGCGCCCCCUACGGCGGGCACCGCUUCAUCACGGAGAAGUCCGUGUUCGCCAAGUGGGCCAAAACGCACGCCAUCAAGUUCUUCAACCCACCGUGGCAGCUGUCGUGACCCUGGCCGAACUGACGCGGAAACAACGCUCCCAUCGACAUCAUACUAUCAGCGUCGUCGGCGUCAUCUGGGGGACCAGCUGGACAGCGCGUUCCCUGAUGUGCGCAAAUAUCCAUUUGGGGCGCAAAUGCCUCUCUCGAUGUCCUUUUAAAAAGGUUAGACAACAAAACAAAAAAAAACGCAUCCACGGUUUCUAAGUGUUCCUCUCGCCAAUGUGAGCGACUAAUCGAUCCGCUCGCUGCUCUGUGAGUUCAGCGAAUGGACGGCUCGAAGACCAACAUCAAAAGGAAGAAAAAAAAAAGAGAAACCCAACAGGAGGAAGUCACAACCAUCUGUCAACUUUCACCCGACCGCGCGUGUCUGCAGGCGCUGCACACUGCGAAAGGCCGAUUUAAGCGGGGGGGGGGGGGGGGGGGGGGGG